UGCUACCACUGCCCUACACCCCUACUUUUAUUUAUUUAGAGGACAUCAAGAAACAAAAAGAGUCAUCUACCCCAACCCUAUACUUACCAAAAUCAAUCCAUAUAAAAUAUAUACAUAUAAAAGUAGCAGAAUAGCAGGUGAGAUCACAGAUAAAAAAGCAUGCAGCAACAACUCAUGCACCAGAUGCAGCAGCAGCAGCAGCAGCACUUCAACACCACAAGUGUUACUACUGAUCACAUCCAACAGUAUUUGGAUGAAAACAAGGCACUUAUCUUGAACAUCUUGGAGAAUCAGAAUACAGGGAAGUUCAGUGAAUGUGCAGAAAACCAAACGAGGCUUCAGCAAAAUCUCAUGUAUUUGGCUGCAAUAGCCGACUGCCAAUCGAAGCCAUCUCCCAUUCAUCUUCAGCAGCAGCAGCAGCAGCAGCAGCAGCAGCAACAAUUGCAAUCGCACCACAUGGUCCCACAGUUCCAUAUGAUGGCUCAAUCACAUACAGCAUUUGAUCAGCAGCCACCCUUUACAUCGGUGCAGCAGCAACACCAUGCGUUACAGAGCCAGCUUGGCAUCGGCUCUAUUGGAACCAGUGGGAUCCACACACCACGAAGUGGAACCAGCAUGGAAGGUGAAGGAUCUGGAGCUUUUCCCGAUUUUAGCCCACAAGUCUAUGGGGAAGGCUCGCAGGGGAUUAGUAGAUCAGCAAGCCGUCCAAUAACUAAAGAGAACAGAAGCAGUAGUUCGGCUGAAGAGAACCCACAAAAGAAAGGCAAACUCAACAGAACAGCGGCUUAAUAAGUUAAGCCAGUGAGUUUUGACCUAAGUUGACUUUCGGGUGUUGUUUUGUGACAUCAGUUGACUCCCUUUUGGUGUCUACCAGCUCUAGCAGGUUUAUGUGGUAAUAAGACAGUCCACCAAGAAUGUUAAUUUAGAUCUAGUGUUUUAUGAGUGCUCCACUUGAGGAUGGACAUGGCGGCCUUAGGAAUUUCCGAUGACAUGACAUCUGAUAGGACAUGGAGCCGGAAGACUAGGGUAGCAGACUACUUGUGGGGACAUGUAGCACAUAUGGUAGUUUCACCUUACCUUCCCUUGUGUAUGUUUUCAAUGUACCUACUCAUUAUAUCUUUUUCUUAUUUUCC